AUGAAAGUCAUAACUGCCAAUUUCGUGACGUGCGCGGUCAAAGAAUGCAAGACAUCACCAUUGUCAUUUCCUCUACACUUCCAUGAUGCCGAGCUUGAGCUGCAGGAGUUGGACUUCCAGCCCGAGUUCAUCCGCAAUGUGGUCCCCCGUAUCGACUGGGACAGCCUUCGGGUCACCGCGAACGAGCUAGGAUUUCCCAGUCUUCCGGAGUCAAAACCAGAGGGCGAGGCGCUUGGCGACGAGCAGACAUUGAAAGACCUACAUCGGCUCCUGUUGGAGACUCAAGUCAUGGAGGGAAAGUUAUCUGAAGGAAAUAAAUCCACCCUGACUAGCCGCCGUUCUUUGCUUCACUUCGUUCUAUUAUAUCUCGUCCAUAUCCUCCAAGCCCCCUCCGCCGAAGCACCAACCAAGACUCCUCCAAUGCCAUCCACCACUGUGUACGAUGCCUAA